CGAAGAUGUUCAAGUGCCUGGUAAUCGCCGUCCUCGUGGCAGUCGCCUCGGGCGACCCGCUUCUGCGCUGGAACCGCCUGAGCCCGACUGGGCGCAUCGUUGGUGGCUCCGAUGCCAACAUCGAGGACGUGCCUUACCAGGUGAGCCUGCAGAUCUCAGGCUUCGCCUUUUGCGGGGGCACCAUCAUCGCCGAGAACUGGGUCGUCACGGCGGCGCAUUGCGUGGGAUACCCCACAAACUUGGUGAAGGUCCGUGCCGGAUCCACCCACUCCAACGCCGGAGGAUCCCUCCACGGGGUCGCCGAUGUCAUCGUCCACGAGGAUUACGGCAGCACUCCCUACGGCACCCCGAUCAACGACAUCGCCCUGAUGAAGCUGGCUACUCCCUUCGAGCUGGACGUCACCCGCAAGGCCAUCCCCCUGUACGAGGAGAACGAGGAGGCCGAAGUAGGAGCCUACUCCACCAUCACCGGAUGGGGCACCAAGGCGCAGGGCGGCAGCACUACCACCGUUCUACAGACAGUCCAGGUGCCCAUCAUCUCCAAGGCCGACUGCAGCAAGGCCUACAAGGGCUUAGGAGGACUGCCCAAUGGCCAGAUCUGCGCCGCCUUCCCCGAGGGUGGAAAGGACGCCUGCCAGGGUGACUCCGGCGGCCCCCUCGCCAUCAAUGGCCGCCUCGCCGGCGUCGUCUCCUGGGGCAACGGAUGUGCCCAGCCCGGAUAUCCUGGAGUUUACACGGAGGUCGCCUUCUUCAGGUCCUGGAUCAAGGAAAAGUCUGGACUGUAAACGGAUCCCCUAUCUCGUCCUCGCUCUCAUUCUGGA